GGGAGCCUACACCAAAGGAGCAAACUCAACUUGAUGCUACUUCCAUGUUACAAAGAGCUUCUAUAAAUGAAGUUGAAAUGGAAGAUGCUUUUGAGGAACUAAGUGAUAACGAUGAUAUUUUGCAUGACGAUGGUAACAAUGGCGAUGAAGGCAAUGACGAUGAAGAUGAUGAGGAUAACAUCUUUAGGAGCAAAUGGGAUAACACUGAUCAGAAUGAUGACCAUUUAGCCCGCCUCGACGGAACCAGUAAACCGCUUCGUCACCAAACCAUGGAAGAAUACCUCGCAGCUGAUUGGGAACCAAACACAAGCACUUCCGGGAAAAGAGACUUUGCGCUUAUGGGCAAACUAGAUAAUUCCUUUUUCGAUUCCACGGUGCGUUGGGCCGACAUAGAGGAGAAACGUGCUCAAGAGAAAAUGCGUGAUCGUGGUUUUGUAGUUGGCCAGACAGACUGGAAUAGAAUGAUGGAUCCUACAAGCGGUCAGUCUGCUCUAACUCAGACCAAAUAUAUUGAACGCGUCAAUAAAUCUAUUUUCUAA